GGCACAGCCACCUGUAACGCUGCAAACGCAAACCGACACGAUGCCGCCGCCCGACCAGCCGCGCAAUGAAGCGCUGAUGGCCAGCAUGACCAACUACUCGCUGGGAAACUACGUUCGCGAGAUGAUGCAAGUAAUGAUGGAGUCUGUGUUGGUCGAGCAGCCCCACGACCCUCUCGAGUUCCUGAUAAACGUCUUGCGCAACGACCCGCGCAUCGACGCCCUCGAUCGCGCCAGCCGAUUCAAUCGCAUGGACUUGCGACGCAUCGCCACGAAGACCAAGCAUCUGCGAGCGAUCUACAUGCACGACAUUGUUGGGGGACACGUCGUCGGUGCCACCGACGUGGCCAAGGAUGUCGUUGUCGUCAAACUCCUCGCAAGCCAUCGCGCGCGCCAAGCGUUCCCGAGGCACAUCCAGGAGAUCGUUCAGGCAUUCGGGGCCAACGAUUCCCCCGCGUCCGUCACGGAGGCGUCGUUCGUGGCGAAAGCUCUCGGUGUGCUUUCCAAGCCAUACGUACUCACGUGAUGUACUGGUGCUGCUGGCGGCCCCGCAGGAUCUGUCGGCCGAUCUAACGCGCCACGGUCUUAGCGUCGAUGCUCCCGUUCCAAACGAUGCAAUAAUCGUUUUACGUACUUGGUCUUUGUCUCGGUCG